AUGCGUUUUCCAGAAGUUUUCAUUCUAUUCCAGGUCGGAUUCUAGUCACAGUUCCCCAGUGAAUCUGACAGUUUCAGUUAGUCCUCUCGAUCUUUUUGUCGGGAAUCAUUGCAUUCUGCCAGGUCAGGAAACAGACUGCGAAGCCCGUACCGCCCGCGUCCAUCGCGGUGAAACCAAAUAAAGUUAGUGGAAGAGGGAAUACAUAUGAAAAAAUGAUUUAGAAGGAAGUGAAGAAGAAAAAGAAAAAAAAGAAGAGCGCGGAAGAGGAAGGGGAUCAAUCGGAGCAGAACUUUCCCGAGUUUGUGGUAAGAAUUCGGUGGCGAACCGAUCGGAUCGAUUUAUUUGCAGAUGCCGACGGAGAGCAAGAGGAACAAGAAGUUGAAGGAAGUGGAAGACGACAAAAAGAAGAAGGUGAAGGAGGGAUUUUAUCAGGAGAAGUCGGACCAGGAUGACACCCUCGAGAAGAUCGCGAGUCUGCGGAUCGAGCAAUCCGACAGAACGAAGAGGGCGGCGAAGAAGAAGAAGAAAACUUGA